AUGCUUACGACCAUAAACCAAGGAUUCCCUCUGGUUCCUGCAUCCCAGCCGCGCACACCUACUAAAACGCGCAAACUACGCCUAUCCUACAAUCAGGUUUACUACACCUGCGCAGUCACCCAGCAGGCAACACCAAGACAUAAAUUGGGUCGCAAGCAUAGGCUUUCAGAGCGCCUUAUAUCUGAUACUAUUACGUAUACUCGCUCUGAUUUCGAGAUUCGUAUUAAAGGCUUUGAUGAGAUCGUUCACGAUCUUAAUCUUCCUGUUUGCGGUGAAACCCUUCGACGUGAGCUUCAAAAACGAGACUACGAGAAGCGCAAAGCUCAGAGAAAGCUACCGCUUGAAGAUAAGCCAGAAGCUCGUCAACUACGGCUUCAAUGGGCGUACGAACACCUUAAAUGGUCCUAUGAAGACUGGAAGAAGGUAAUUUGA